UGUUUGUUUUGCUGAGUAUAUUAGCAUUCCCUCUUGGGAUCGGCGGCAGAACGGCCCUUCCUGUGUUAAAGGGAUGGCGGGCGUUUCCACUUUCGCGGCCACUUGGGGUGUGCUGUGGGCGUGCGCCAUGGCGGCCCCUGCGCUCCACACCCGGCAGCUGUACGCCCCGCUGACCCCGGGCAAGACAGGUGCCAACAGCCUCGUGCCCCAGAGAGCCACGGGCCUGUGGCAGCUGCUGACUCGCGUGGACGAAGACCUCAGUCGAUCCAGUGACUUCAUGGCGGUGAUGCUCGAGUCGGGGGAGGAGGAGGACCUGCUGUCGAGGCUCCUGUACGAGGCCCAGGAGAAGCACCUUCAGGAGACCGACGAGGAAGGACUCGCAGACCCGGAGGAGGUGCAGCUCGUCACAAAGUUGGCUGCGAUUCAUGCUAAGAAAAGGGAGCCAAAACAGAAGGAGGAAAGCGUAAACAACCAAGAAGAAAUCCUGAGUCGCCGGAAGAGAAUGGGAGGAAAAAGGAACAGAGAA